GUCCUAGUCUCCUUGAUGGGCUGAUGAUGCCAUGUGUGUUGCAGGGUGAUUGGUGAGGUGGUCUACUGACCGCGCCCUCAGCUCGGUCCUCUAAAUCGCUGUCAGUUAAACGGGGGAGUGGCAAGGAAACUGGCUCCCGCUCCACGACUCAGACUCGCUGUAUCUUUUCAUGCACCGAAGCAGGUGGAACGGGCUUGACUCACCGCUGCCGCCUCGGUGGAAGGGCAGAGGACAAGCGCAGCAUUUCAUUUCCCUGGACUACAGAGAAAUAAUUAAAUACACCGUUUCUGACCCAGCUUCGGAUUACUGUAAACCACUGUCGGGGAGCUGAAGUCGGGAUCAUUGACCGCGAUACCUUGACCACAUGGCUACCUUCUGACUAUGAUGUCUGCUUGAUGGUGCCACAGAUUCAGGAGACCAUUUCUGGAGCUUAUUUUCAGAUGAAACAGGACAUGGGAAGCAAACACACGUUUUUUUGAUCGGCUGCCUGCAAAACAACCCAGAUAUAAGCGCUUGUAGCAAUUUUGCCCUCUUUAAAUAUAGACACAUGCGUCCACUGGAAGAAUAUCAUGCGGGGGGCGACCAUAUUUCAAGUCAAAAAUUUGAUUCUAAACGACGUUUCAGUCUACCCUUGGCACGGCAAGGUUUCGUCGGAAAGCUCAUUAGCAUUGCCCAAUGGAGAGAAUCAGAGGAGAAUCAGCGUUGAGAAUAGACUCUAAAGAAACUGCUCAGUUUUAAAGAUUUAGAAUAGAAGCCUCUUUCCUGCAGACCUAUUUUUGUGAGGGCAGAGACACACUCAUAUGCAGCACUGGGAGUAAAUCUCCAGUGCAGUGGAUUAAAAGAAGAGGAACAUAAAAAAGGGGAUUAGGACUAAGCCUAAAAGUUGACGACGAUGAGGAGGUGGAGGUCCGCUGGAAGGUCACUGAGGCCCCUAGCCCUGCUGGGGCUCCUCUGGAUGGCCACGGUGGCGGUGGCCCUCGAGUUUGAGGGUGUGCCAGGCCAGUGGGCACGCUACCGCCCGUGGGAGGCCGGAGCAUCGGGUGAGCUGAGCUUCACGCUGAAGACCAACAUCACCAAGGCCGUGGUGCUGUACCUGGACGACGGAGGCAACUGCGAUUUCCUGGAGCUGCUGAUCGCAGACGGCCGACUGCACCUGCGCUUCGCCAUCCACUGCGGAGAGCCGGCCUCCCUGCACAUGGAGACCCGCGUGAGCGACGAGCGCUGGCACCGGGUGCUCCUCACGCGCAACUACCGCGAGACCAUGCUGGUGGUGGACGCCGAGGCCAAGGUGGCCGAGGCCAAGUCGAAGCGCAGCGAGAUGGUGGUGGCCAGCGACCUGUUUGUCGGCGGGAUCCCACCGGAUGUUCGCCUGUCCGCUCUAACGUCCAGCACGGUCAAGUACGAGCCCCCUUUCCGCGGCCUGAUUGCCAACCUGAAGCUGGGAGAGACGCCGCCUGUUCUCCUGGAUAGUCAGAGUGUCACAAAUGACCUGGAGUACCUGUGCUUGAAACAGAACCCCUGCAGCAACGGGGGCUACUGUUCCAUCCAUGAAGGAGAAGUGAUCUGCGACUGCACCAACACUGGAUACAAGGGCAAAUACUGCACGGAUGUUCUCCAGCGGGUGUUAGAAGGUCUGGCGCACCUGAAGUUACCGAGCCGAGCGCCCGGAUCCGCAGCCUUGAUCUCUGCAGCCUCUGCUGAAGGUGAUGGACAUACAGCUCAAGAGGAAUCAGUGGCGACCUUCAAGGGGAAUGAGUUCUUCAGCUACGACCUCUCGCACAGCCCCAUCCAGAGCGGCACGGACGAGAUCACGCUGGCCUUCCGCACGCUGCAGAGAAAUGGCCUCCUGCUCCACACCGGCAAAUCUGUCGACUACGUUAAUCUGUCUCUGAAGAGCGGGGCUGUCUACCUGGUGAUAAACCUGGGCUCCGGAGCCUUCGAGGCCAUGGUGUCGCCCGCCGAGGGCAAGUUCAAUGACAACGCCUGGCACGAGGUCCGCGUCUCGCGCAACCUGCGGCAGGUCACCAUAUCAGUGGACGGGCUCCUGAGCACCACUGGGUACACCCAGGAGGACUACACCAUGCUGGGCUCCGACGAGGUCUUCUACAUCGGGGGCAGCCCCAACACCUCCGACCUGCCUGGUUCCCCCAUCAGCAACAACUUCAUGGGCUGCAUGAAAAACGUGGUGUACAGGAAUAGCGAGCUCAGGCUGGAGCUCUCCCGACAGGCCGAGAUGCGCGCCUCCAUGGUCACGUUGCACGGCGACCUGUCCUUCCGCUGCGAGGACGUCGCCGCGCUGGACCCCGUCAGCUUCGACACCCCGGAGGCCUACGUCACCCUGCCCAAGUGGACCACCAAGAAGACCGGCGCCAUCUCCUUCGACUUCCGCACCACGGAGCCCAACGGCCUGCUGCUCUUCAGCCACGGCCGGCCCCAGCCCCCCCGGGAGGCCAAGGGGCCCGACAGGGGACUGCCCCGCGCCGACUUCUUCGCCAUGGAGCUGCUGGACGGCUUCCUCUUCCUCCUCAUGGACAUGGGCUCGGGCUCCAUCAAAGUGAAGGCCAGCGCCCGGACGGUCAACAGCGGCGAGUGGUGCCACGUGGACUUCCACCGGGAAGGGCGGAGAGGCUCUAUCUCGGUAAACAGCCACAGCACUCCUUUCUCAGCCAACGAGGGCAGUGAGGUGCUGGAUCUGGACGGGAGCGUGUACCUGGGGGGUCUGCCUGGGGAGUGGCAGGGCCUGCCGCUGCCCCCGGAGGUGUGGACGGCGCCGCUGCACCUGGGCUUCGUGGGCUGCAUGCGCGACCUCUUCAUCGACGGCCACAGCCGCGACCUGCGGCGGCUGUCCGAGCUGCAGAGCGCCGCGGGCGUCAGCGGCUUCUGCACGCGCGAGACCCACCGCCGCUGCAGCGGCGGCGCGGCCGAGCCCUGUGCCCACGCCGGACGCUGCACGGAGGGCUGGAACCGCCACGUCUGCGACUGCACCGGCACCGGCUACCUGGGAGCCAACUGUCACACGGAGGCGGCAGUGCUCAGCUAUGACGGCAGCAUGUUCCUGAAGGUGGCCAUGGCGACGGCGAUGCACACGGAGGCGGAGGACGUGGCGCUGCGGUUCAUGUCCCAGCGGGCCUUCGGCCUGCUCCUGGCCACCACCUCCAGAGAGUCGGCCGACACGCUGCGCCUGGAGCUGGAGCGGGGCCGCCUCAAGCUCACCGUCAACCUAGAUUGUAUCGGGAUAGACUGUAAUCUUAGUAAGGGCCCCGAGACUCUGCUGGCCGGGCACAAGCUGAAUGAUAACGAGUGGCACUCCGUGAAGGUGGUGCGGCGUGGGAAGAACCUCCAGCUCUCGGUGGACAAUGAGACCGUGGAGGGCCAUAUGACUGGCGCGCACACUCGGCUGGAGUUCCACAACAUUGAGACGGGCAUCAUGACGGAGCGCCGCUUCAUCUCCGUGUUGCCCUCCAACUUCAUCGGGCACCUGCAGGGGCUCUCCUUCAACGGCGUGCCCUACCUGGACCAGUGCAAGAACGGCGACAUCUCCUACUGCGAGCUCAACGCUCACUUCGGAAUGCAGCACAUCGUGGCUGACCCCGUGACCUUCCGGAGCAGGGCCAGCUAUGUGGCUCUGUCCACGCUCCAGGCCUACGCGUCCAUGCACCUUUUCUUCCAGUUCAAGACCAGUAGCCCCGACGGCCUGCUGCUCUUCAACUCAGGCGAUGGCAGCGACUUUAUCGUGGUGGAGCUCGUCAAAGGGUACAUCCACUACGUCUUUGACUUGGGCAACGGGCCGUCGCUCAUGAAGGGAUACUCGGAGAAGCCGCUGAAUGACAACCAGUGGCACAGCGUGGUGAUCUCCCGAGACGACACCAAUGUCCACACGCUCAAGAUUGACUCUCGCACCGUCACUCAGCAUUCCAACGGCGCCCGCAAUCUUGAUCUCAAAGGGGAGCUGUACAUUGGCGGAGUGGCAAAGGCCAUGUACAGCGCUCUACCCAAACUCAUCGCCUCCCGGGAUGGCUACCAGGGCUGCCUGGCCUCGGUGGACCUGAAUGGGAGACUGCCUGACCUGAUCGCCGAUGCUCUGCACAGGGUUGGCCAAGUCGACCGUGGAUGCGAUGCUGGCCCAGGCACCACAUGCACAGAGGAGUCGUGCUCCAAUCAGGGCGUGUGUCUGCAGCAGUGGGAGGGCUUCUCCUGUGACUGCACCAUGACCACGUUUGGAGGAGCAUACUGCAGUGACUCUGGGACCACGUAUAUUUUUGGGAAAGGGGGCGCUCUGAUCACGUACACCUGGGCCCCCAACGAGCGACCGAGCACGAGAGCAGAUCGUCUGGCGGUCGGCUUCAGCACGCAGCAGACAGACGCCAUCCUGGUGCAGGUGGAGAGUACUCAAGGUCUCGGAGACUACCUUCAGCUGCACAUAGAAGAGGGAAAAAUAGGAGUCAUAUUCAAUGUUGGGACUGAUGACAUCACCAUCAAUGAACCUGCCAUCCCAGUGGCUGAUGGGAAAUACCAUGUGGUGCGCUUCACACGCAGUGGUGGCAAUGCCACCCUCCAAGUGGACAACCAGCCAGUCAUUGAGCGCUACCCAGCAGGGCGACAGCUGACCAUCUUUAACAGUCAAGCAGCGAUUAAGAUCGGCGGGCAAGAUAAGGGUCGUCCCUUCCAGGGCCAGAUCUCCGGCCUCUACUACAACGGGCUUCAGGUGCUGAAGCUGGCGGCCGAAGGCGACCACAAUGUGCAGGUGGAGGGAAACCUCCGCCUCGUGGGCGACGCGCCAUCUGUCCUGUCCACGGAGACCACCUCCGCCACGCCGCCCGCCGCAGGCGACAUGUCCACCACUAUCAUGGAGACCACCACUACCAUGGCAACCACCACCACUCGCAGACAGCGCUCCCCCAGUCUGAAAGACAGCAUCACACAGAGCUCAGAUGACCUGCUGGUGGCGUCGGCGGAGUGCCCGAGUGACGAUGAGGACCUGGAGGAAUGCGAGCCUGGCACAGCUCCGCCCACCGCGCCCAGGGAGAGGCUCCCACCGGGCGUGGCCGAGGUCAUCCGCGAGUCCAGCAGCACCACGGGCAUGGUGGUGGGCAUCGUGGCGGCCGCCGCCCUCUGCAUCCUCAUCCUCCUCUACGCCAUGUACAAGUACCGCAACCGCGACGAGGGCUCCUACCAGGUGGACCAGGGCCGCAACUUCAUCAGCAAUCCCGGCGCCGACAGCAACGGCACCGUGGUUAAAGAGAAGACAGCCGGCACGACUGCAGCGGUUGCCAAGACGAGCACUAAGAGCAAAAAGAACAAAGAUAAGGAAUAUUAUGUCUGAGAGCGAGUGAUGAAGAGGCAAGAGAGAGUGAGAGAGAGUGAGGGAGAGAGAGAGAGGGAGGGAGAGAGAGAGAGAGGAAGGUUGGAGAGGAAGAGAUAGUGGUCGGGGGAAUUACAGAUCAUUCAUUCCCACACCGUACGCAGACUAAACACCGAGUCAACCCAUGAGGUUUUUUUUUCUUUUUUAAUAUUCCACGUCAUCAAUGUGCUCCUCUUGGUAUUAUGAAGACUUGCAUAAGGGACGAGCAGAAGACCAGUUUCAUUUCAGCAUUACAUGGUUCUUAGCUAUUUUUAUAUUGCAAAAAUAGUGAAAGGUUAGAGACCACAUAUUGGUGCUUCUAACUUUCCUGCUCACAGCACGGGACUUGAGCAUGGCUAGACUCUGCUUCUGCUGCUUCCUCUUUUCUGUUUCCCAUUCAAGCGUUGGGAACACGGUCAUGGUACUGACACUGUGAUGUGGCAAUGGAGGCACUGCUUCAUCUGACCUCUGACCUCAGUCAGUAUACACACCCCCCCCCCCCC